AUGACUGUCGUCAAUGGCCGGGUCUCUGACCAGGGUGACCUGGAUAGCAUCAAAAAUGGGCCUUUCCUCCACCGCAACAACUCUGUAGAAAAGCCUACUGCAGAUGAUUUUAUUGUGGGUAGACAGAACGGCCCAGGUAGCUGCUAUCGUGCCCUACUUCAACUUUCCCAAACUACUGUACACCUGAGUCUCAGUGGCAUCUUAUCCACGGCAGAUGUCGGUCAACCUACUUCUGAUUGGGGCCGUGAUGGACGGCCUGGGGUCGCUUACUGCGACGCAGGCUCUGCGCCUCGGAUUGUACCCUCCCGCAUCGACGAAGUGUGGCAUUUGGACUCCUUCAAGGCGCCCUAUUCUGUGGGAUUGCGCCAGGGCCCAGUGCUGCAGCCAUUUUACUUCAUCGUCCCCGAAUCUCUCUCUCAGGACAGACAGCAAGCUGCUCGCGAUCGGCACCGCGCUCGGAGGGCAAACCCAGACCCUAGCAACGCGACGGGCUACUCCUGGAAGGCCUUGAACCCAAUCAGCCUCAUCGCACCACUCAACGUCCUUCUGCCCGCUGUUGGAGAACCCGGUGCCUUGUUCCCUAACCGCCACGGUGCAAAUGCCACCCUUCGUCGAAAUAUAAUCUUACUAGCUACCAUGGACACCGUUGUCUUCGGUGUGGCCACGGGUACCGCGCAAGUCAUCAUCAUUUAUGCUGAGUACAUGUUUAAUUGGGGCAAUGUGGAAUCUAGUCUCUAUGUGUCGAUCGUUAAUGCCGUCCGCGCGGUCGUCCUGCUUUUGGUUCUCCCUAUUCUCUCAUGGUUCUUCCGGACCCCGUCCGACAACGAUGGUACUGGAGGAUCUAACACACUGGACAUCGUCCUCAUCCGCCUGUCGAUCGUCUGUGAUUUCUUGGGUUACAUCGGCUACGCGCUGUCGAGAUACUCAUUUAUGGUGAUCUGUUCUGGCACCAUCGCCUCGCUCGGCGGUAUGGGCGUGGCGGCCUUGCAGUCAUCUCUUACCAAGCAUGUGCCUCAUGAACGCGUCGGGCAUUUGCUCGGCGCCAUGGGGCUCUUGCAUGCUCUCGCUCGCAUCAUCGCGCCGACACUCUUCAACCUGACUUACAGUUUGACCGUCGCAACCUGCCCCCAGGCAGUGCUUAUGUUCCUCACAGUUGUAUUCGGGCUCAUGUUCUGUAUGAGCUUAUUGGUCCAACCAUACGGUACGUUGUCCAUCAUUUAUGUGAAAAUUUCAACUAAUCGGUCGAUAUUCACUCUUGAAGACAAGCAAACAGCAUAUUUGAGUGUUGAUCCCAAUGAGCAUGAAGAGAGCGAGCAUGACCCGCUCUUAGUGAGAUGA